AUGUACGCACCAUCAUCAACAACGACAACGAAAACGACAUGGAUGACAACGAGAAUCACGUCAUCGGUCGUCUCUUCUGUUCAGCGUCGCGUGCAACUGUCGCCGCAUAAUCCACCGGUUGGAAGAAGAAGAAGAAGAAGACCGAGAAGAGCAGCAGCAGUAGCAGCAGCGACCAAUAAUAACAACAACAACGAAUGCGUCAAGACAAAGCGAGAGAUGUUAACGUUGACUGCCGCGAUGUCGUUUUUGACUUUUCAACGAGAACAAGUGCGAGCGGAUGAUGAAGUAGUAGUAGUAGAAGAGGAAGAAGUGGCAACUGCGGAGAAAGAAGAAGAACCUGUUAUUGUCAUGCGCGAUAUUCGUACGGUUGUAAUCACCGGUUGUAACCACGGUAUUGGAUUAGACGCCGCGACAAAGUUUGCAAAGACGAACAACUUGCAGGUGAUUUUAGCCUGCCGCACGAUGGCAAAAGCAAAAGAAGCGAAAUAUGAAAUAUUAGACGCGAUUGCAGCAGAAGGCGGACGAGUGAACGAUCCUUCCUUGUUGGUGCCGGCUGAGUGUGACCUCGCGGAUUUGGAAUCUAUCAAGACGUUCGCGACGUCUUUAGGAGAUGAACCGAUUGAUAUUCUAUGCUUGAACGCGGGCGUUCAAUACGCGGGGAGUAAAGAGGUGAACAGAACAAAGGACGGGUUCGAGGUGAGCAUGGGUACGGACCAUUUGGGUCAUUUCUAUUUAACAAACUUGUUGUUGAAAAAUGUUGAAAGUGCGGCGAGUUCCUCGACGUUAAAACCACGAAUUGUUAUCACGGCUUCCGAAGUCCACGAUCCGGAAUCUCCGGGAGGAAAGGUUGGGAGAGGCGCCGGCUUAGGGAAUUUUGAUGGCAUUAAAGAAGAUGGGGCGGAAUUCGAGUUGAUGGAUGGUUCUGAGUUCGACGCCGACAAGGCGUAUAAGGACAGUAAACUCGCGAACAUUCUGUUCGCAAACGAGUUGAACCGACGAUUAAGGUUAGCCAACUCGCAAAUAAACGUCGUUUCGUUCGGCCCGGGCUUAAUCACCCGCUCAAAUUUUUUCCAACACCAAAACCCCGUGUUUACUAAAGUUUUCGAUUUCGCAGCGAACGAUUUACUUCAUGUUGCGGAAACUGUAUCGGGCGGUGGAGAUUGUUUAAUUAAAAUGGCGUUAGAUCCAGAGUUGGAAAAUAAAACGGGAGUAUAUUACAACAAUGACCUUGGAGGAGAUACCGGUCACAUUUUCCAUGAGGCGUCGACCAGUAAAGAGAGCAUGAACACGGAGGAAGCUGAAGAUCUUUGGACUUGGUCGGAAGCGCUCGUCGGUGAAGAGUUUGACGUCUACAUCUAA